AAAACACCUUUUUUUCCUAACAUAACUCAAUCACCAUCUCUAGUUUAUGAUAUCCUCAUUUCUCUCUAGCUUCUUCAAAACAAAAACUACUAUAACUUGGGAACCUCAUUGAACAAUAAACACUGAAGAUGGAAAAGAGUAUUAACUAUUAUAUACUAUUUCUUCUACUCACUCAUUUCCUUUCUUCUGUUUACAGUGAUAUUACAACUCCAAUCACAACAAUUCCAAAUGUAGUUCAAACAUCUCCAAUUCUAAACCCUAAUUCAAAUCCAGAUACAUAUUCACCAUCAACAUCAACAUCAACAUCAAAUUCACCAGUUUCUUCAGGUUCAAGUUGGUGCAUUGCAAGUCCAAGUUCUUCACAAAGAGCUUUACAAGUUGCAUUGGAUUAUGCUUGUGGAUACGGUGGUGCUGAUUGUUCUGCGAUUCAAUCUGGUGGAAGCUGUUAUAACCCUAAUUCUGUUCAUGAUCAUGCUUCUUUUGCUUUCAAUAAGUACUAUCAAAGGAAUCCUGUUCCAAAUAGUUGCAAUUUUGGUGGAAAUGCGGUUAUCACUAACACAAAUCCAAGUGUUGGGACUUGUCAAUAUCCAUCCACUAGCACAAGUUCAUCAGUGUUAAACAUAACAAACACAAGUGGUGCAAAUGUUUUUGGUUACGUGCCUGUCCCAACAAACCCUUCUUCUGCCUCUGCUGGAAUUGCCACUUCAAAUACUUUUGCACAAAUUUGCUUCAGUCUUUGUGCAAUUGCCAUUUUGGAAAAAUACUAUAUCCAACAUGAAUGAAUCAGAAUUUUAUAUUUUGAUAUUUAGUUGGGUUUAUGUGACUCAAAAGCGAAUAGAUAGGCACAAGACUUGCAACAUAAUAUACAUGAUAGAUUAUUAGUAUAUAGAUUUAAAACAUACUCUUUUUUCUUAUGUUUUGUAGUUGUUUAUAUUGGAUUUCCACUUUUUCUUAAGAAAUAGUAUAACUUUGUAGGAAGACUAUUAUUUUAUACACUUGUAUAAAUCAAUUGUUUUUUGUUUUGUUUUAUGUGCUGCCUACUAUUUCUUUUCCCAAUCUCCACAAAUUGAAUGACAAGUAAGGAAUGAAAUGUUUUCUUAGGUUCAA